AUGGCCGGGCUGUGUCGCCAAAGGAAGUGCGACAUCGCGGACUGCUUCGGUACCCCGGUCUGGGUCCCACCCUCUCUGUUCAAGCCCACUUGCCCCUGGGGAGGGAACAGCAGCAUCUUGGGGAUCGCCGAUUUUCUGAAAGGAUUGCCUGUCUACAACAAAAGCAAUUUUAGCCGAUUCCAUGCCGACUCUGUCUGCAAAGCCUCAAACCGCCGGCCUUCAGUCUACCUGCCUACGCGGGAGUACCCAUCUGAACAAAUCAUUGUGACAGAAAAGACAAAUAUCCUCUUGCGAUAUCUACAUCAACAAUGGGACAAAAAGGUUGCCGCUCCUGUCGCUGCGGCGCGAGUGGAGCUGGGGGGUGAGAGCUGGGGGCCGUGGCGCUGGAUGGCGCGGGCUCAGCUCCUCCGGGCCAGGUUGGCCGGGCCGGCCGGCCGGGCCUUGCUUGGGGCCCUUUAG